UGGGUUAGCUACCAUUGACGAAGUGAAAGCAAAUAAGGUAGUGAGUGUCGGUGAUGAAUUCGAGUCCGAAUUACGGUAACAGUAACGGCUAUCAUAUGCCGGAGCAGCAGCAGCUCGGGAUGAGUCGCAGGGGGCGAGUCCGCCGUGGAAAUCGGAGGUCACGAGAUUCCAGAGACGGUGCUAGUAGCCUUAGGGUUUGCGAACAGCGGCAACAACAGCACAGACCUCCUUGUACGGACUUCGACAUGGCUUAUUUCCAUUCUUAUGCUCACGUUGGCAUCCAUGAAGAGAUGAUCAAGGAUCGGGUGCGGACUGAAACUUACAGAUCAGCAAUCACACAAUACCAGAGUUAUAUUGCGGGAAAAGUUGUAGUGGACGUUGGAUGUGGCACUGGCAUCCUUUCUAUAUUUUGUGCUCAAGCUGGUGCAAAGCGGGUGUAUGCAAUUGAUGCAAGUGACAUUGCGUUGCAGGCAAAUGAAGUAGUGAAAGCAAAUAAUCUAUCUGAUAUUGUCAUUGUAUUGCAUGGACGAGUUGAGGAUGUUGAAAUAGAUGAAGAGGUUGAUGUCAUAAUCUCGGAAUGGAUGGGAUAUAUGCUUCUAUACGAGAGCAUGCUUGGAAGUGUUAUCACAGCUAGGGAUCGCUGGCUCAAACCUGGAGGUCUUAUUCUUCCUUCAGAUGCGAAGCUGUACAUGGCUCCUGUAACUCAUGCUGACCGAUACAGUGAAAGCAUUGACUUCUGGCGUAAUGUCUAUGGAAUUGAUAUGUCUGCCAUGCUACCUUUAGCUAAACAAUGUGCAUUUGAAGAACCAUCUGUGGAAACAAUCACGGGUGAAAAUGUUUUGACAUGGCCACAUUUGGUAAUACAAGUGGACUGUUAUUCGGUUACCAUCCAUGAGCUAGAAUCUGUUUCAACUAGAUAUAAGUUCAAGUCAAUGAUGCGAGCUCCACUGCAUGGUUUUGCAUUUUGGUUUGAUGUUGAAUUUAAUGGUCCCGCAACAUCUUCAAAUUCUCAUUUUACAAAUUUUUCUGUCGACAACCAUCCAAUGAAUGGAAGUCAGCGAAAGAAACGGACAAACCCUAGCGAGGCAUUGGUGCUGUCCACUGCACCCGAGGACCCUCCAACCCAUUGGCAACAGACGUUGAUAUACUUCUAUGAUCCCAUAGAACUAGAGCAAGAUCAACUUAUUGAAGGCUUAGUGGUGCUGUCACAAAGCAAAGAAAAUCGUCGAUUUAUGAAUAUUCACCUAGAAUAUUCUUCGGGUGGUCGAUCCUAUGUGAAAGAAUCUGUUAUGAGAUGAUUGCACAAAUCCAGGAUAAUAGUUUGGUGCAGUUACCAGAUAAUUUAUACUCACAAGGUUCGAACGGAGCAUGUGAUAAGCAUUGACGGGAUAUACAUUGUAUUAGAGUUAGGUCAACUUGUUGAAAUUUUGAUGCAACCCCUUUGAUGCUGAAAACUAAUUUUUUUUUUUUUUGAUAAAGAUGCUGAAAACUAAAAUUUAACUGAUUCGUGAGGUUGUAUACUGACGCGGAUUAUCCAUUGAUUCUUGUUCCUUGAAGAACAAUAUUUCAUUCAUAUUUGCUGUUGGACUUUAGUGGCAAUAUUCUUUGUACUAUCAGAA